UCCGGGGGCAGCAGCGGCAGCGAGGCGGCGCCGCAGGACGGUGACUGUCCCAGCCCGGGCCGUGGCCAUGCCACCAAACGAAAGAAGAAGCAGCGACGGAACCGAACCACGUUCAACAGCAGCCAGCUCCAGGCCCUGGAGAGAGUGUUUGAGCGCACACACUACCCCGACGCCUUUGUGCGCGAGGAGCUGGCCCGGCGUGUCAACCUCAGCGAGGCACGUGUCCAGGUCUGGUUCCAGAACCGCCGUGCCAAGUUCCGCCGGAAUGAGCGUGCCAUGCUGGCCACCCGCUCGGCCUCCCUGCUCAAGUCCUAUGGCCAGGAGGCCGCCAUUGAGCAACCCGUGGCCCCCCGACCUACCGCGCUGAGCCCGGAUUAUCUGUCUUGGCCAGCAUCAUCCCCCUACAGCUCUGUGCCUCCCUACAGCCCCGGAGGUUCAAGUCCUGCGACCCCCGGGGUCAACAUGGCCAACAGCAUUGCCAGCCUGCGCCUCAAGGCCAAAGAGUUCAGCCUCCACCACAGCCAGGUGCCCACAGUGAACUGACAGUGUGCGCUGGGUCCAGCCUCCUCCUGGCCCAGUGACAGACAGCAGCAAUGGAAGUGGCCUUGUCUGUCCCUGCGCCCAGAGGGACUGGGCAGCCUCUCCUGUGCCUUCUCUUCAGCCCAGCUUCCUGAGUUCCAGAGGCCUGCUGGGUACUGGAAGUGCCUUUGGUGGCUGAGAUUGUGGCCUGAGGUCCCUGGAGCGGCCUGGCCAGAAGGUGGAACAGGAGUCCGCCAAGGAACUCAUUUAUGUAUUAAAACCAAAAAGCUUUUGUCUUUAAGGAAUAAAACCAUUUUUCUUAA